CUCUGCUCUGCAGCUCCCUAUCCUGUCCCUCCCGCCCUACCUCUGCCUGGGCCGCCUCCACCAGGAGCCCUGCUCUGCCAGGCCCUUCUGCAGUGCUUUUCUUUCCAUCUCUUCCUUCUCCACUGGCUUCCCUCUUUCUCUCUCCUCCUUUGGUGUCCUUCCUGCCCAACAGAUGCUGGAAAAUCUGGGCCUGGGAAGGGCAGUCUGGGACCUGGGAUCCCAGCCCAGCCCUUCUCUGCAGCAGGAGCAGGGUGGGGAUUCACCUUUGCCAGAGAUGCCCCAGCAGUGCCAUCUACCUCCCGGGCUGAGGGGACCCCAAGAUGCUCUGUCUGGACACUUUAUGGGUGGAUAGAAUGUUAUCAUCAUUAUUGAAACACUUCUGGGGCGGCGCCUGUGGCUCAGUCGGUCCUCCCCUGGUAUGCCCAGGGUGUGGGGACCUGACACUCAGUCUUGCCCGAGAGAAGUGAGCAGUGGUUGGUGGAGCAGUCGCAGUCUGGUGUGUUCUCAGCCCCAGCUCUUUGUCUGCUGCUUUGUGAUGGGCCACUGGCCCCACUGGAAGCAUCUGGUGGAGGCUUUGGAGCCAGGCUGGCGACAGGAUUCCAGGGUGCAGUGCCCCUACAUGCUACCCCAUCACUAGCAGAACCCUUCCUGUGUGUCAGAGGAAGGCUAAAGUGCUUUCAUUCGCUGGAGAAAUCCUUGCAAACCCUCCCAGCCAAGGUGAUGCUGUCAGCCCAGUGAAAGUGACCUAUCUGAGGGCUGGAGCAAUGCUGGUGCUGACGACCGAGGCAACAAUGGUGACGCGUCAGGCGCGAACCGCCGCGGGACCGCCAGCGCAGGUCGGGGGAACCCCAUUUCCACCCCCUAAGCUGGGCCUUCCUCUUCUGCCCACGCGUCGCCCGGCUGGUCUGCGCAGUUUCCGUCUGAGCCCGCCAGAGGGCGCCCGAGGGCGGAGGAGUGGGCGGGAGCCUGGGAACCCCGGAAAGGCCGCCGGGUCUGCGGCUGCAGUCCGCAUUCAGAUGCACGGACCUGGGAAUCUAGAUUCCAAGAGUUGAACGCUCAGGGAUUCCAGGCGUCGAGGGUUCUCAGAUGCCCGGCAGGCUCCGAUGCUGACACACCAGACUAACCCCCCAACCCCUUCACCCCUCUGGGGUACAGCGGGUGGGGCUGCACGUGUGGUGGAUCUCCGGACCCUGGCCCUCCCCUGUCCUGGACGGAGGAAACUUGAAAACUGGUGGAGGGUGGGAGCCCCCCUCGUUGGAGGGUACGGCAUCCCACCCCCUCGCAGUCCUCCUUCCUCCACCUCCUCCAGAUCCUCUUCGGCCCCGCCCAUCCCGCCGCCCCGCCCGCUUUCUUCGGCCAGGCCGGGAGCCCCCGGGGCCGCCGCGCUAGCACCCGCCAUGCGCUCUGUCUCCGCCGCCCCGCUGCUUCAGCUGCUGUUCCUGCUGGGGCCGCGGCUGCAGGCUGCAGGCGUCGCGGAGCCGCCGCUGCCCACGGUGGUCCUGGCUAUCCUGGCCCGCAAUGCUGAGCACUCACUGCCCCACUACCUGGGCGCGCUGGAGCGGCUGGAGUACCCCCGGGCCAGGCUGGCCCUCUGGUGCGCCACAGACCACAAUGUGGACAACACCACGGAGAUGCUACAGGAAUGGCUAGCAGCUGUGGGGGAUGACUAUGCAACUGUGGUCUGGAGGCCUGAGGGGGACACCAGGUCCUACCCAGAUGAAGAGGGUCCCAAGCACUGGACCAAAGAAAGGCACCAAUUUCUGAUGGAGCUGAAGCAGGAAGCCCUCACCUUUGCCAGGGGCUGGGGAGCUGACUAUAUCUUGUUUGCAGACACAGACAACAUUCUGACCAACAAUCAGACACUGCGACUUCUGGUGGAACAGGGACUGCCAGUGGUGGCCCCAAUGCUGGACUCCCAGACCUACUACUCCAACUUCUGGUGUGGGAUCACCCCCCAGGGCUACUACCGCCGCACAGCUGAGUACUUCCCCACCAAGAAUCGCCAGCGCCGGGGCUGCUUCAGUGUGCCUAUGGUUCACUCCACCUUCCUGGUAUCCCUGCGGGCCGAAGGGGCAGCCCAGCUCGCCUUCUACCCACCUCAUCCCAACUACACUUGGCCCUUCGACGACAUCAUCGUUUUCGCCUAUGCCUGCCAGGCUGCUGGGAUCUCAGUCCAUGUGUGCAAUGAUCAGCGUUAUGGGUACAUGAAUGUUCCUGUGAAAGCCCACCAGGGGUUGGAGGACGAGAGGGUCAACUUCAUCCACCUAAUCUUGGAAGCGCUAGUGGACGGGCCCCCCAUGCAAACCUCGGCUCAUGUGUUUCGGCCCCCAAAGCAGCCUAGCAAGAUGGGGUUUGAUGAGGUCUUUGUCAUCAGCCUGGCCCGCAGGUCCGACCGCCGUGAGCGCAUGCUGAGCUCACUCUGGGAGAUGGAGAUCUCUGGGCGAGUGGUGGAUGCUGUGGAUGGCCGGACACUCAACAGCAGUGUCAUCAGGAGCCUUGGUGUGGACCUGCUCCCCGGCUACCAGGACCCCCAUUCAGGCCGCACGCUGACCAAGGGCGAGGUGGGCUGCUUCCUCAGCCACUACUCCAUCUGGGAGGAGGUGUCUGCCAGGGGCCUGGCCCAGGUGCUGGUGUUUGAGGAUGACGUGCGCUUUGAGAGCAACUUCAAGGGACGGCUGGAGAGGCUGAUGAAGGACGUGGAUGCAGAGAAACUGCCCUGGGACCUGAUCUACCUUGGCCGGAAGCAGGUGAAUCCUGAGGAGGAAGCAGCUGUGGAGGGGCUGCCAGGACUAGUGGUGGCUGGGUAUUCCUACUGGACACUGGCAUACGCCCUGAGCCUGGCGGGUGCCCGCAAGCUGUUGGCCUCCCAGCCUCUGCAUCGCAUGCUGCCUGUGGAUGAGUUCCUGCCCAUCAUGUUUGACCAGCACCCUAAUGAGCAGUACAAGGCACACUUCUGGCCCAGGGACCUGCGUGCCUUCUCGGCCCGGCCCCUGCUUGCUGCCCCCACCCACUACGCAGGGGAUGCUGGGUGGCUCAGUGACACAGAGACAUCCUCCCCCUGGGAUGACGACAGUGGCCGCCUCUUCAGCUGGAGUGGCUCUCAAAAGACCCUGCGUGGGCCCCGCCUAGACCUGGCUGGCAGCAGUGGGCACAGUCUCCACCCCCGGGAUGAGCUCUAGAUUCAGAUGGUGACUCCAAAGAAGCUCCCAGGAGCAGGCCACAGCUCCAGGGGAGCAGAGGAAGAGGUUGCUGGCAGGAGCCACAGACCUAAGAGACCUGGCGACCACCUUAGGUGUGGCCGCUCUGCUCUCUCAAUGCAUCUUAUAGGGGGAAACCACUCAGAGAUCCCCUUCCCCAAAGGUCUCACAUGUAAAAGGGUAGGCCUUGUUGGCCCCUGUCCCCCAGUCCUGCCCUGGCUGAUUCAGGGCCUGCGGUACAGGGAAGGAUGUGGCUCCCCAGCCUUCCUUGUCAAGAUGGCCAGACAUCAGGAGCCCUCCCCAGGAGUCAGCCACUGGAGCCUCAGCCUAGUCCCCAGCUCACCUUUGGGUCUCUCCAGCGCUCUCUCCCCUGGACAGAGGGAAGUGAAGGGAGCAGACCUGGUGCCCAGCACAGCAAUAAAAGCCACCUGGCACUUAUUCUUUAUCCUUUUAACUCAUGCCUGAACCUCUGCAUCUCAGCUGCCUGGGAGGAGGCAUCCCCAUCUGUGGGUGAGCAGCUGGAGAGAC